AUGAUCACGGAGUUAUUCUCCUCGGGCAGCUUAAAAAAGUAUAUUCAUAAUGGUGUUGGUGUUGAUUUGGUGAGUAUCAAGAAUUGGGGAAGACAGAUUCUGCAAGGUUUGUGUUUUCUCCAUAGCCAGAGCCCUAAGAUUAUUCAUCGAGACAUCAAAUGUGACAAUGUGUUCGUUGCUAGUGAUGGGAAGCAAUUUGGGCUGGCUGUUUGUAUUAUGGAUGGUGAUUUUGUGAAAGAAAAAGAGCCUAAAUGUACCCCUGAAUUCAUGGCUCCAGAGUGCUAUAAUGGAGAAUACAAUGAGUUGGUUGAUGCAUAUUCAUUCGGGAUGUGUCUUCUUGAGAUGGUUACCGGUGAAUAUCCAUAUAUGGAAUGCAGGAAUCAGAUGCAUACAUUUAAGAAAGUGUACACUGGUGUAAAGCCAGUGUCUCUUGGAAAUGUGAAGGACUACAGAGUGAGAGAUAUUAUUGAGAAGUGUAUACUUCCCAUGUCUGUUAGGCCGUCUGCAGAAGAGUUGCUGAAAGAUCCAUUCUUUCUAUACAAUGGUGGAUCAUCAACAUUCGAGACUUGUGCUCCUGUUGACAAUAUUCUUACUAGUCAUGCAAUGAAUAUUAGGCAUUUAUAUCUGGUGUGA